GCGGAAGCCGGAAGUGGAGGCCCGCUCUGCGCGUGUUGAGCAUGGCGGUCAGCGGCCCUGUGGAGCCGGGGCCCCCGGCGGCUGCUGCCGCUCCCUCCCCCGCCCCGGCCCGGGCUCCAGCCCCCGAGGACUUGUUCCGGCCUAUCAGCGCCGAGGACGAGGAGCAGCAGCCCACCGAGAUCGAGUCGCUGUGUAUGAACUGUUACCGCAAUGGCACGACGCGCCUCCUGCUCACCAAGAUCCCUUUCUUCAGAGAAAUAAUCGUGAGCUCCUUUUCCUGUGAGCAUUGUGGCUGGAACGACACGGAGAUCCAGUCGGCCGGCAGGAUCCAGGAUCAGGGAGUGCGCUACAUUUUGACCGUCAGGGCCCAGGAGGACAUGAACAGAGAAGUGGUGAAAACGGACUCUGCCACCACAAGGAUCCCGGAGUUGGAUUUUGAAAUUCCUGCCUUCAGUCAGAAGGGAGUUCUGACCACUGUUGAAGGACUGAUCAGCCGUGCUGUCUCUGGCCUGGAGCAGGAUCAGCCCGCACGAAGGGCAAAUGAAAAAGCUGUAGCUGAAAGAAUUGAUAAGUUUAUUGUCAAACUGAAAGAGCUAAAGCAAGUGGCCUCUCCUUUCACUCUGAUCAUUGAUGAUCCCUCAGGGAACAGCUUUGUGGAAAACCCCCAUGCUCCCCAGAAAGAUCAUGCCCUCGUGAUCACACACUAUAAUCGGACUCUACAGCAGGAAGAGAUGCUGGGGCUCCAGGCUGAGGCACCACCAGAAGAGAAGCCAGAAGAGGAGGAUCUCAGAAACGAAGUGCUGCAGUUCAACACAAACUGUCCAGAAUGCAAUGCUCCGGCUCAGACCAACAUGAAGCUAGUUCAAAUCCCUCACUUUAAGGAGGUUAUCAUCAUGGCUACCAACUGUGAGAACUGCGGCCAUCGGACCAAUGAGGUGAAAUCUGGAGGAGCAGUAGAGCCCUUGGGUACCAAGAUCACCUUCCAUAUUACAGAUCCCUUAGAUCUGACCAGAGAUGUGCUCAAGUCUGAGACGUGUAGUGUGGAAAUCCCAGAGCUGGAAUUUGAACUGGGAAUGGCCAUCCUCGGGGGCAAGUUCACCACACUGGAGGGGCUACUGAAAGACAUCCAGGAACUGGUGACCAAGAACCCUUUCACACUGGGUGACAGUUCCAAUCCUGGCCAGGUGGAGAAACUGCAGGAGUUUAGCUGGAAGUUAGACCAGAUCCUUCAAGGUAACAUGAAGGCCCACUUUAUUAUGAAUGAUCCAGCAGGAAACAGCUACUUUCAGAAUGUGUAUGCACCUGAAGAUGAUCCUCAGAUGAAGGUGGAGCAUUAUAAGCGCACAUUUGACCAAAACGAGGAGCUAGGGCUCAAUGACAUGAAGACAGAGGGCUAUGAGACAGGCCUGGCCCCACAGCGGUAGCGACGGGUAGUUCCCGAGCCAGCCUCCAGUGCUGCUUAGACUGAAGGGUUAUUUAUUACUGUCGGGAAAGGCUGGGGGUAUCCUCAGCCCCCAUGUGGUCUGAGAGAUGUGGGUAGUUUUGUGAACAGUUUGUGAUGGAAGUGCAAGCCUGUUUACUUGACUGUAUUUUGGAGGUUUUGAAUUGGCCUGGGAAGAAACCCAGAAAUGAACCAUGGUGCAUGUCAUUAUUCCUUUUUUUCCUGUCACCUCUACUCUCCCUUCACAUAAUGCUCUCUCUAGGGUUGGAACUCUGAAGAUGGAAGACAGCUACAUCGGGAGUUUGGGAGUUGGCUGGGGAAUAUAAAAUACUGGCUUUCAACAGGAAAAGAGUCUUCUGAGGGGAGGGAGUCCAGCAUAGCAGAAGAAGCUCUCAUUAAAGUGAUGGCUUUCCGUCAGGACUGGCCUCUGAAUUUACUCUGUCCUUAUUUGAUACUAUGCUAAUAGAAUUCAGCCUCCUGAAUAAAUUUUCCCCAGUGUAGUCAAUUUGGGGAUUGGA